AUGUUGCUCCUGCCCUGCACUCCCUGUUUUGAGGUGCCAUCUGCAGUCACACCAAGAUGGCCAUAUUCAGCCAGGCUAGCAGGUAAGAAGGUGUUGAUUGUCUAUGCGCACCAAGAACCCAGAUCUUUAAAUGGAUCUCUGAAGAAAGUGGCAGAGGAUGAACUAUGCAGGCAGGGCUGUACAGUCACUGUGUCUGAUUUAUAUGCCAUGGACUUUGAGCCGAGAGCCACGAGGAAAGAUAUUAUUGGUGCAUGCUCUAAUCCUGAGUUCUUCAACUAUGGUGUGGAAGCCUUUGACGCCUACAAGAAGAGAUCUCUGGCCAGAGAUAUAAUGGAUGAGCAGAAAAAGGUUCAGGAAGCCAAUCUAGUGAUAUUUCAGUUCCCGCUGUACUGGUUCAGUGUGCCAGCCAUCCUGAAGGGCUGGAUGGACAGGGUGCUGUGCCAAGGGUUCGCCUUUGACAUUCCUGGAUUCUAUGACUCUGGUUUCCUCAAGGGUAAGUUGGCACUCCUCUCGCUAACCACAGGGGGCACGGCUGAGAUGUACACAAAGUCUGGAGUCAGUGGAGAUUUCCGUUACUUCCUAUGGCCCUUACAGCAUGGUGUAUUGCACUUCUGUGGAUUUAAAGUCCUAGCUCCUCAAAUCAAUUUUGCUCCUGAGAUAGCAUCAGAAGAAGAAAGAAAAGGGAUGGUGGCAUCCUGGGCCCAGAGGCUGAAGACCAUCUGGACAGAGGAGCCCAUCAACUGCACACCACCUUGGUACUUUGGACAGUAA